AUGGCGGAGACGCUGGAGGGGGCGUCGCGGGCGGCGGGGCCAGAGGGCGCGCCGCCGCCGGCGCUUGCGGCGCUUGCGCGGCCCGAGCUGGCGGCGCUGAUGGUGGACGCCUCCCGCGUCGCCCUCGGCCGCCGCCUGGGCGCGGGCGCGCACGCGACCGUGUACGCGGCGGCGCUGCUGCCCGCCGAGGACGGCGCGCGGGGGGCGGCGGGGCGGGCGCGGCCGGGGGGGCGGCUGGUGGCGAAAUGCCUUGACAGGACGGGGCCGGGGCAUCUGGGGCAGGUGGCACGCGAGAUCGAGCUGCUGGCGCUCGCGGGGCGCCACCCCAACAUUCUGCAGCUGCACGGCUGGUUCUGGCGCCCGCCGCCGCCGGACGGCGCGGGCCCGGGCGCCGCGUCCGCCGGCCGCGACGGCGAUGGGUUGGGUGCCGCCGCCGGCGGCGGCGGCGGCGGCGCGGGGCGGGCGCCGGUGCUGUGCCUGCUGCUGGAGCGGUGCGAGGGCGGCACCCUCGGCGCCAUACUCAAGUCGCGUGCCGGCGCCGGCGACGCGGAGGCGCCGCCGCAGCCGUUCCCGGAGGACACCGUUAUGGGCUGGUUUGUGCAGCUGCUGCUGGCGCUGGACCGGCUGCACAGCAUCCACGUGUGCCACAGGGACAUCAAACCAGAGAACAUCCUGCUUUGCGGGGGCCACCGCAUCCUGAAGCUGGCGGACCUGGGGGUGUCGACGCUGCUGGACAGCGCCAACCCCCUGGCGGAGACAUGCAUGGGCACACCAGCCUACACUGCGCCCGAGGUCAUUGCGGGCCGCCCCUACUCCACCGCCGCCGACGUCUGGAGCGCCGGCUGCACCCUGGUCGAGAUGGCGGCGCGGCGCCCCGCCUUUGACGCGCGGGGGCUGCCGCAGGCCAUGCCCACGGCCCCGCCGACGAGCGCAGGGCCGGCAGCGGCGAGGCAGCCGCCGCGCCACUGA